AUGAAGUGCGACGCCGUGAUCGAGAAAAUUAAGGCCCGUGUUGCCUCGAUCGACCCGAACGGUCCGCGUAAGGUGCUCGGCGUGUUCCAGCUGAACAUCGAGGCCGCCGAUGGAGUCCAUGAAAUCGUUGUUGAUCUGAAGAACUUGAAGGUCUCCGACGGAAAGGCCUCCUCGCCGGAUGUGGUUAUCAACCUCAAGGAUGAGGACUUCAUCGCCAUCGGAACCAAGCAAGUCCCGGUGAAGGAUGCCGUCGCCCAGGGCAAGGUGUCCAUGACUGGCGACCAGAACCUCUUCCAGGCCCUCGUUGAUGCCAUCUAA